AUGUCGAUCGGCUCGUUCCAAAACACGAUGAAAGCGGCAGCCAUUUUCUUCCAGACCUCUGUCUCCUCCACCUCUGUCUCCUCCACCUCUGUCUCCUACACCUCUGUCUCCUCCACCUCUGUCUCCUACACCUCUGUCUCACCUCUGUCUCCUACACCUCUGUCUCCUACACCUCUGUCUCCUACACCUCUGUCUCCUCCACCUCUGUCUCCUACACCUCUGUCUCCUACACCUCUGUCUCCUACACCUCUCUCCUACACCUCUGUCUCCUACACUCUCUCCUCCACCUCCUCCUACACCUCUGUCUCCUACACCUCUGUCUCCUACACCUCUGUCUCCUACACCUCUGUCUCCUACACCUCUGUCUCCUACACCUCGUCUCCUCCACCUCUGUCUCCUCCACCUCUGUCUCCUACACCUCUGUCUCCUCCACCUCUGUCUCCUCCACCUCUGUCUCCUACACCUCUGUCUCCUCCACCUCUGUCUCCUACACCUCUGUCUCCUACACCUCUGUCUCCUCCACCUCUGUCUCCUACACCUCUGUCUCCUCCACCUCUGUCUCCUACACCUCUGUCUCCUACACCUCUGUCUCCUACACCUCUGUCUCCUACACCUCUGUCUCCUCCACCUCUGUCUCCUACACCUCUGUCUCCUCCACCUCUGUCUCCUCCACCUCUGUCUCCUACACCUCUGUCUCCUACACCUCUGUCUCCUACACCUCUGUCUCCUACACCUCUGUCUCCUACACCUAUGUCUCCUCCACCUUUGUCUCCACCUGGAGCAACGUGUGCGACAUGUGGUGGGUUUGGGAUUCGACUGUCUGGUGGGUUUGGGAUUCUGGUGGGUUUGGGAUUCGACUGUCUGGUGGGUUUGGGAUUCGACUGUCUGGUGGGUUUGGGAUUCGACUGUCUGGUGGGUUUGGGAUUCGACUGUCUGGUGGGUUUGGGAUUCGACUGUCUGGUGGGUUUGGGAUUCGACUGUCUGGUGGGUUUGGGAUUCGACUGUCUGGUGGGUUUGGGAUUUGAUCGUGUGGUUCUCGGCCUUUGGUCCACGUGA